AGGGCUUGUGUGUGUCGGUGUCUCCGUCAGUGUGUGUGUGUGUGUGAGUGUCAGUUCUCCGGUGCUUUGGGUCUGUGUGUGUGUGUGUGUGUUCGGGCUCCUCAUCAUGUCCUCCGCGUGUGGACCGACAGCGGGACCGAAUCACGGCGCCUCAGUUCCCGCGCCCGGCGCCUCAAACCCGCGAAAGUUCAGCGAGAAGAUCGCGCUGCAAAUGCAGAGACAGGCGGAGGAGACGGCGGCGUUCCAGGAGGUCAUGAUGGACCUUACCUCCACACGGAUUCAGGCACAGAAGGUUCGGCUGGCCAGAACUCAGGGCCCGUAUUAUGGAGGAUCAUUACCCAACGUCAACCAGAUUGGCAGAAACACCUCUGACCUGCAGGGCUCGUUCCACUCUCCGCUGGACUCGAGUCGCUCCACUCGUCAUCAUGGUCUGGUGGAGCGAGUGCAGAGAGAGCGGCGCUUCAUCUCUCCCAGCAGACCCUACAGGAGACAAAUGGACAGCUCUCACAGCAGCUCAGCGUAUCUGUCUCCGCCCCCUGACCCCAGCUGGAGGAGGAACUGGAGCAGUAACUUUCCAGCAGACAAGAGCCAGAUUUUCCAGCAGUUUCCCACCACAGCGCUCAACAGGACGAACUCAGACUCCGCGCUGCACACCAGUGUGAUGAAUCCUCCCUCUGCAGAGAUGUUCGGUGCACAGAGCCGCCGCGCCGGUCAGUGGUUCUCGUACCCGGUUCCUCCUAUCGAGGAGAAUGGCCCGGAUGACGGACGCCUCCUUAAGCCAUGGGACUCCAGAAAGCUGCCGCUGCUCACAUCGAGACCAAAGUCCUGUGAGGUGCCUGGAAUCACUGUGUUUCCCUCUCCAGACCAGCAAGGCGGCGCUCCUCACGGCUCUAUGGUGUUGAACAGCGGCGGGUCUUUGCCGGAUCUGACCAGUCUGCACUUCCCGUCUCCUCUGCCGACGCCGCUGGAUCCGGAUGAGCUCUCGCACCCGUGUCUGAGCACCAGUAACGGCAGUACCGGCAGCCUGACCGGCACACUCACACAGCUGGGCAUCACCGGCGGCGGAUUCAGCUCCACAGGUCUGCUGCCGUCCAGUAACCCCUCCCUCCAGUCAUCGCUUAGCAACCCCAACAUCCAAUCAUCUCUCAGCAGCCACUCGUUCCCCAACUCGCUGAGCUCCGCCUCCCUGCACUCGUCGCUGAGCAAUCCCUCCCUCCAGUCUUCGUUAAGCUCCUCCCAAUCUCUGAGGUCAUCUCUCAGCAGCCAAUCCCUGCAGUCGUCGCUCAGUAGCUCCUCCCUGCAGUCUGCAGCCAGUAAUUCGGGUUAUGGGGGCGGGACAGGCUCAUUCGGUGCACUGGGUUCCGGACAGAUGCAGAUCAGCAGUUCUCCACGCAGACGAGCGCAGCUGUCCCCACUCAUCCUGCCCGCAGACACACGCAGACACCACCCGAAACAGUUCUCCCCCACCUCCUCCACCCUCAGCUCCAUCACACAGGGAGUGGCUCUGGACACCAGUAAGCUGCAGGCGGAUCAGCGCUCGUCUCAGUAUAGUUUCUCUCAGCAUCCGCUGCAGCUUCAGCACACUCUCUCUCCUGCGCAGACGCACACACUGCGGCCGUCCUCGCACACACAGCAGCUGCACCAGCACAACAUGCAGAAUCUGCAGAAGACAACGCAGAACCUGCAGCCGCACCCGCUCAAACAGACCAAUCACAGCGCAGGGAGCUUCGGGCCCACAGACGGGGUGCAGACAGAGCCGCAGAUGCUCAGCGCAGACCUGGACUCCUACAGCGAAAGCAUGUUCCUGAACUCUUUACUGGACGACCCAUACCUGAGCCUGCAGUUCAGCAGCCGGCAGAACCUGAACCUCACACAGCAGGACAGUAAUGUGGACUCGCAUCAGCCGAUGCUCAGCCAGAGUCAGUGUGCAGCAUUUGCAGAUGGGCGGCUUGCAGUGCCCAACAUCAUUCUGACCGAUUCUCCGUCCGGUCUCUCCCGGGAGAUCACCAGUGCUUUGUCUGCCGUCCCAGGCUUUGAGAUGGAGCCGUUCUGCUCCGAGGACCGGCUUCAGAUGGAGCCACUAGCGCUGGAGGGUCUGAUGCUAGCUGACGGUGACCUACUGCUGGCGGACCCGGCGGUGGAGGACUCCUUCCGCUCAGACCACCUCAAAUGACCCCCGAAACAAACUAAAAACUGCAGGACGUGAGUGUGUGAACGUCCAGACGAGACCAGCAUGCGGCAAUACGGGUCGAGCGCCGGCAGCUUCAGUCUUAGCCGCAUGCUAACUAGCCCUUUAACCCUCUGCGCUUCUCAGACCAUCCACUUCCUGUUACAAGCAUCACCGCAUGACGACCAACGGCAGCGCGAGGAGCUAUACUUCGAUCCCAGCAUGCACUGGAGCACUGCAGGUGAAUGCAGGAUCCACACACACACACUUACUGCUGAAGCCUUCGCCGUUUUGCUCGUGAUCAAACACUGUGACACUUUCGCAACAUGCAGCCAAUCACGCGAGUCUGGGGGGCGGAGCCAUCUCUCUGACUGACCAAUGAGAGAGAGAGGAAUCUGUUUGUGUUCAGAAUAGCGUACUAUCACACUGCAGUAUACAGCACUCGCAGAAACCGUAUCCCAUAAUGCAUUGUGGAUUCACAUCAAAUGCAGAUAGGUUGUUUAUAGGUUAUUUGAACAUGAACAAGUGUUGUUUUCAUCUGAAACACAAUAAAUCAGGAACGACAGUGUUAAUAACUUCACUUUUUCAUUUAUUUAUAUUUUAAUGUAAUUUUUAAAAUGUAUUUAUUUUAAUUUACCAAAAGACCAAAUAAUUUGAAUGUAAAUUGAUGAUAGUAAUUUGUGUAUGUUCAAUUAUUCAGUUUCCCUCGGCUUAAUCCCUUUAUUCAUCAGGAGUCGCCACAGUGGAAUGAACCGCACGCUUUUAUAAAGAAUGACACCGUGCACUGGAGCUCUACGAUAAAUUAUAUUUGAAUUAAGAUCACAAUGUCAGUGUCUGUGAAAAAUAUGUAUACACACAUGCAAAACAGUAUCCCACAAUGCAUUGUGCUCGACAUAUGCUGGGUUCAUAUCAAAUGUGAAUUUAAUUAUUCGUUUGAGUAGUUCACUAUGCAGAGUCAACGCAAAUAUGCGAGUAGAGAGGAAUGGUGCGAAAUUCAGCUCAAAUGCGUUUUCAAUAUGUAAAAAUAAACAUUCGUAAAAAUUUUACUUGAGCGAAAAAAUAUGCUUUGGGCCAAGUUAUCGAGUUUCAUGUUAACGCAUCAUUAUUUACGUUUUUUUAAUUUGUAGGUCGUUUUCAUAGAAGAUCGACACCAUUCGUGUGCACUAGAGCUGCUCAAUACAUUAUCUUUGAAUCAAGAAAAAAUAAUUGCAACAAAUUAAACCCAAGUGAAAAUGAGGUGAAAAAGCAUGCAACGGGUCAUCGAACGAGCGACAUCUUUGUUUGCGCAUUUUAUGUGAACCCAUCAUUAUUUACGUUUUAUUUGCUGCACUAUUUUAUAAAGAAUGUCACCGUGCACUAGAGCUCUACGAUAAAUUAUACUUGAAUUAAGAUCACAAUGUCAGUGUCUGUGAAAAAUAAAUAUGUCAUCGUAAGCGCCCGGUUGACCUUUAAUGCAGAGCUUAUCAUUAAAAUAAACACAAUAUUAGCAUUUCACAAUCAUUAUUUAAUCAAUAAUACCGCGGUAAACUGAUGUUGUUUAGUGUGUGUGUAGUGUGCAGUGAGCUGGUGCUCUGUUCUGAACGCAAACACACACGCCACCGUGAACAUGUUUAUCCCAGCAGCCUUUGUGUUUGUGUCCCUUCAGUAACUAGUGUGUGUGUGUGUGUGUGUGUGUGUGUCUGCGCAUGUGCUGGAAAACAGAAGCCAUGAACAUAGAUGACCAAAUCUCUGUGUGUGUGUGCAUGUGCAUACAUAUGUGGUAUUUGUGUGUGUGAGAGAGAGUGUGAGUUUUAGUGUGUCUGCCUGUUUGCAAUUGUGUGUGUUUGUGUGUGUGUGUGUGUGUGUGUUUGUAUUGGUCUGCGUGCGUGCAAUUGUGUGCAUGUGCAUAUGUGCGUAUGAGAGAGGGUGCGUAAGUGUGUGUGUGCAUGCAAUUGUGUGCAUGUCCAUAUAUGUGUGGUAUUUGUGUGUGUGAGAGAGAGAGAGAGAGUGUGUCCGCGUGCAUGCAAUUGUGUGCAUGUACAUAUGUGUGAGAGAGAGUGUGUGUGUGUGUGUAUCUUUGUGUUUGAUGUGUGUUAGUGUUUGUUUGUGUGUGUGUGUGUACAUAUAUGGAUGUGUGUGUGUGUGUGAUGGGUCAUGUGGUCAGGCUGCUGGUCUGUUCUGCCUGUAUUUGCACGAUUCUUCCCGAGCAAAGGCCAUAUUCAGAGGAGCAGGUAUUUUUCUCAGCGUCAUUUCUGCGUGUUAUGAGAUUUAUUUUUGAAUAAAGUUGCUCUGACUGCUGUA